AUGACUACUUCCCGUUACUCUCGACCAUCUUGAUUUUGAGCCGCCAUGUUGAUUUAGCUCUUUCCGGUUAGCACCGCUAUAGAGAUGCCUUCGGUAACGCUAAAGGACGUUGACCAGCACAAAUUUGUGAAGGCCUUUGCUGCCUUCCUUAAGAAGACAGGCAAGAUGCGUGUCCCAGAAUGGGUGGACAUUGUUAAAUCAGCUCGUUUCAAGGAAUUGGCUCCAUAUGAUCCAGACUGGUAUUAUGUACGAUGUGCAGCUCUUGUACGUCAUAUCUAUAUCCGCAGUCCAAUUGGAGUUGGUGCAGUGACAAAGAUCUUUGGUGGACGCAAACGAAAUGGCACACACCCCAGCCACUUCUGUCGAUCAGCAGGUGGAGUAGCACGUAAAGCUCUGCAGAGUCUCGAACAACUCAAACUCAUCGAGAAGGCUCCAAAUGGUGGUCGCAAGCUAACAAACCAAGGUCGCAGGGAUCUCGAUCGUAUUGCUGCUCAAGUGAAAGCUAAAAGUAAGAAGCAGCUUAAGCUCCAAGAAACUCUUGUCCUCUAAACCGUGUAUUUCGAUAAUAAAAUUACCAAACACCUAUGUUUUAA